UUUCGCUUCGGCGCGGAGAGGGGUGCAUGGGGAGCCGGGCGGACGCGUGCAUCGCAUCGCAUCGCGCCCCCGGGCCCUGAACAAUUUGCGCAGGAUGCACUUGCAUGCAGCAAACGCAUUCGGAAUUAGGAAGAUGCGCGCUCUGAUAAGACCCAGUCCCGCUCCGGGUUGAAUCUUUUAAUUUCUGAACUCAAGAAUUUUUCUGCACGUGUCUGCUCGGAAUCUGUCAGCCCGGGCGAAUUCAGUGGUGCUUACUCCCUGGAAAGUGGGGUUGGGCUUGCAAAUCAUCAACAACAACCUUAGACUGCUGGCCCACCGCUUGCAGGUUUGCCGCAGGUAUCCGGUUGGCCAGUGAGACCAGGGUGUUGGACUUAGAUCCAACAGGCUCGCUUUAUGUUCUUAUUGUUCCGCUAUAUUGUCGGUCUCUACCCGUUCUCGGCACCCAAAGCCCUGUGUCGAUCCCAGGCGGUUCGUCUGAGCACAAGGGCUGCCAAGGGAUCCCAUGCUUCGUUAUUUUUCCGGAACUGACAGCUUGGUCCUUUCCACGUUUUCUCGGAGUUCAGAAUCAGCACAUCAGAGGAGGAUUAUUAUUUUUUUGCACCUGGGAGCCUUUAACUAUCAUGAGUGAAGUAGUAAACCCUGUUUCCACCAGCAACAUUUAUUUGGACCUAGAAAGCUGCAGCACAGCUUCAGAGAUCUCCCAAAAUGAAGUGCAGGAUUCAAUGAGGAAAAGUGGACUUGACUGCACACUCUACAAAGAAGACCAUCAUUCUGAGUUGAUGUUUGAAGAUUUCGCAUAUGAUUUUGAAGAUGCAUCAGAGGACCAAUUGUCGCCAUUGAGCACGCUAAGAACUUGCCCUAUAAUGAAAGAUUCCUCCUUUAUCACUGAGUGGAAGGAAUCCAACGAGGGAUUAUUGGACCAAGGAGAAUCAGAGCAACAGUGCAGGGUGCAGGGUUGGCCGGAGGAAUGGUACAGAACGGAGGAAGAAUCUGAUCCAGAAGAUUCACAGGAAGUCACAACCGAAAAUGCCAUGCAAGCGGAGGAGUUACUGGUGGAAACGUCAGAUGUGCCUAUCAUGGGAGAGUCCUUAUUGGACUGCAUUGUUAAGGAAUCACCCAUUGUGUCAAGUUUCCUCACACAGGCCACAGGUUCUUUAUUGAAGACAGAUGUGUGUGGGGGUAAUGAAGACUUAAUUGUCCAAUGGAAUGGCUCUAAUGUGAUUGAAAAAGCAGAUGAACGAAAUACGAUGGAGACUGGACACCACAAUGAAUCAACGAAAGAUUUCCAGGACUUUGAGCUCACGGUUUCGCCAAAUGCUGUGGAUGAAAACCUAGAUUACAUUCGCACUCUGGUGCAGUCAAACAGAGAUUUAAAAGAACGUCUCAAGAGCAAUAUAGCGUGUUUUAUCAGCGAAGACAAAGUGGACGAUAGCAUACUUCUACCAGAAAAUUUUGAAAAUGUGUCUGAAGGAGAGCAUAACACUGAGCCUUCACCUCUCUGUCCAGAGAAGUCCUCCUUCAUGGCAGAAGAAGGUAUACAAGGGGACAGAGGCGACAAAGCUCUUUCCCCAACCCAUUCAACAAAGAGUUGCUGCUUAAGUCCUUAUGGAGCUUCAGACAAACUCUGGAACACCCCAGAAUUUAGUCCAAAGCAGUUGCUGCUUCAAGAAGGUGAUAUGGACUUCAGCAAGGUCAUUAAGGACUUAGAACUGGACCAGCAGAAGCACCUGCCCCAUAUCUUGGGUCUUCAGUAUGGCAGUAUAUUUUCUGAGAAGACCAAAGAAAUUGAGAAACUCCUUCUUGAGGAAGGAGAUACGGAUUUGAACAAAAUCAUCCAGGCACUAGAGCAAGGCCAAAAGAGGCAAGAGAUCCAAGUAAUGGACCUUUAUCAUUGUGAUGUUUCCUUGGCAAAAAGGUUUAAAGAGCAGGAGGUGGACUUUUUCAUGAAGCACAACUUUAUUAUUGACACCAUCAGGAAGCUGAAGGAGAACACUGCUGAUCUCAUAGAAACAAUGAGCAAAGUCACAGGAAAGAAGGAAGAGGCAGAGGGGUGCCCAAAGUGCAUGACGGGAGCUUCAGGAAACACUAAGGAUGAUCUCCAGGACUUUGGGUCUGAGAAGAAGGCUCUGGUGCUGCAGUUGGAAAAGCUCAGUGCAGACUACAGAGUUCUUCAAGAAAAGCACCAGGCAGAGGUAGAAGAGAAGGCCAAAUAUAUGGCUCAGUGUAAGGAGCUGGUCUGCACUCUCCGCAAGAAAGAGCAAGAGAUACAAGAACUGAAUCGCGUCGUACAAAAAUUGGAGCGUGAAGCCAGCAACACCAUGUCAAUUCUUCACAAACUGAGGGGAGAAAGUGAGGACGCUCAGAAGCGUUCCUUGUCCUUGGAGGCAGAACUGCAGAAGCAGAAGGACGAGAGGCUGGCAGAAAGGGAGGGGCUGGGCUGCCGAUACAAUAAGCUGCUUGCUCAGAUUAAACUCCUGCAGGCGGAAUUUGAGAACGAGCGGGCCGAGAUGGAGAAGAUGCAACAGCAGGUCUGUGCGUUCAGAACAGAGACGAGCGGGCUGCAGCAGGAGAUGGCAAAGAACAGAGAGGAGAAUCGCUUCUUGCAGCUGGAGUCUGCCAGGUGGAAAGAGCAGUGCAGACAAAUUAGAGAGCCACAAACGCUGAAGGAGCAGCUGCAUUCCCAAAUGAUCCAGGUUCUCAGAUAUGAACUUGGAUUAAAGAGGGAAGAGUUGAGAAAGAAAGAAGAAAUAAUUGAGUGGAGCAUGCACAUUCUGGGAAGGUUUCUUUUGAACAUGAAGUCAAUGCAUUCAGCUUUGUCCAUCAGAGAUCUCCACAGUGAAGAAGACCAUUUCAAUUCUCCUUAUGUCCAGAAAGCAUCUCACCUCUUGUCAAAAAUCUGCAGUCUUCUGGCUCUUGCGGAAGGAUUACUUACCUGCCAGGACACAGAUAAUCAGGCAAUUGCUGAAUGUUCCACGGAAAGUGAAACUGUUAUUGAAGUGAAGGGGAAAAUGCAGCACCUGUUAUUUAAAAAGAAAAGCUUGGAGAAAGAGUUGAGGAAGCACAAGGAAAACAUAGCAGCCAUGAGGAAGUUGAUAAUUAAUGAGAAAGCGUCUGAAGACCCUGAUACCGAGUCACAGGCUACAGAAGCUGUCGAAGAGGAAUCAGAAAAUGGCGGAGACCUGCCUGAUCUUCUGAGAACAAAACUGAGUGAAUACCACAAGCAAAUUGAUGAGCUCCAAGCUGAUAUUAAAGUACUGGAAGCUAAUUUGGCAUCCAAAGAAGAAGUAUGCAAGAAGCUCACUGGAGAAAUUGUCGAGCUUCAGAAGGACUUGGGCAGCUUGACAUGCAAGGUGACAUCAUAUGAGGAAAUUAUUGAAUGCGCUGACAAAAGGCUUGAACAAGCCAAUUCAGAAAUAUCUGAAUACAAAUUUCAGACACAUCUGAAGAAACUCUUUUUGGAUUGAAAAAGUGAAAUUGCAAAUCAAUCUACAAACCAAUAACUUUAGCUGCCUGUUUUUUAAAAAAAGUUUAUUUGUAUCCCGAGUCUCAAAACAUUUUUUAUUUUUCUUGGAAGCAAACUCCAUUGACAUCAAUUCAACUUAUUUCCAAGUAAAUGUGUUUCAGACUGGAAUAGCAGUUUGCAAGUCGUCAUCGCAGUGACUUAGUACACAGCCUAUAUCUUGAUAAAUUCUAUGAGAACAUACUGCAUAUAACUGAAACAAAUGUACCAAUCGGUUAAAUUGUCUCUUACUGGCAGUUUAGAGAAAAGAAACCAGGAUUUGGAAGAUUUAAUUAAGAAGUUCAAAAAGAAUACCAGAAAGCUGAGGUAAACUUCAUAUAUAUUUCACGUUCAAGAAGAGGAGGGUUCUGAAAGUGCUCACAUUAUUAUCAAACUUACAAAUGUCUUCCUUUACAUACAACUUGCAUAGACAGGUAAACAUAAUCUUUCAUAGAAUCAUAGAGUUGGAAGGGAUCCUGAGGAUCAUCUAGUCCAACCCUCCUGCAAUGCAGGAAUAUCUUGAAGUGCUUCUUAUAAUAAAAAGCUCUUUUCCAGCCCAAACUAUUAAUUAUUAGGGACAUGUGGCCACCAACUAACUACAGCUCCCAUCUGCUAAU